CGAAAAAAGCGGUCCUGUAGACGCACAAACGUUUUACGUAGCUUUUUAUUUGAGAAAUUUUAUUGAAAUAUAGUUAAACGAAAAGUUAUACUUAAUGUGAAGACGUGAGUUCAAAAAGUGUUUUUAAUAUUUUUACUGUCCUGAAAAUAGUAUAUCAUAUAAAAAAUGUAUGGUAUGUUAUUAGAGAGUGUUCAACAUUUUGUACAGCUGGAAUACGGAGAGGACAUUUGGGAAAAAGUGCUGCAAAUUUCCGAGUGUAAAUAUAAUGUUUUCAAUACACACCAAGUGUAUCCUGAUAAUAUUAUGGCAGAUUUGGCUCAUGCUUUGGCCAAAGUAACCGAUAAAAGUCAUGAGGAGCUUAUGACUUUUUUUGGGAAAUGCUUUGUGAGAUUUUUUAGCAACUAUGGUUAUGAUGCUACAAUUAAAGCAACAGGCAGGCAUUUCACAGAUUUCCUGGAAAGUGUCGACAAUAUUCAUUCAAGAAUGAGGCAUUCAUAUCCAAAAAUGAAAAGUCCUUCAAUGUAUCUCACCACUGUAGAUCAAUAUGGAUGCGAUUUGGUAUAUAGAAGUGAAAGGAAUGGUUUUACUCAUUAUCUCAUGGGUCAACUGGGUCAAAUAGCUUCAGACAUUUAUAACCUAAAAUUGGAAUCGUCAGUUAUUAAAAGUGAAAAUCAAAAUGUUUCUGGAAAAAACAUUAAUAUUAUAACGUUUCGCCUCAAAUUUGAUAAUGCCUUAUAUAUGCAGGCAAAAAAGGCGGAAAAGGCUCAUUUGGAGACGCAACCGCUUUCCUCUUUCUCCUGUGAUUUGCUUUUGCAACUUUUCCCGUUCGCGAUUUUGUUCAACUCUCAGAUGCUGAUUGAAGGUUACGGGGAGAAAAUUGUGCAGGUAACAGGUGGAAAAAUCAAAAGGAAGAUGCUGGGUGAGCCUGUAACGAGGUUCUUCAGGCUAAGAAGGCCCAAAGGAAUCUCAUUUUCGUGGAAAAAUACUUUCUACCUUAAAUCAGUCAUGUUCGAAAUAGAAAUCUUGCGAGCAGAUAUCAUGGAAUUCAGCGGAGAAUCAGCUUCAUCGUCCUCCAGCAAAACGGAAGCUGAGGAUUCGGCUUCGAUCAAAAAUUUGGGCGAUGAAAGUACGAUCGAAAUCGACGGAAAAAGCAUCUCGCCUUACGCCCUAAGGCGCGACAGCUUGCCAGGAUUAAAAAAUAUUCUGCUAAAAGGCGAGAUGCGAUACUUGGGCGAUAUCAAGAGAAUCAUUUACUUGUGCAGUCCCGUGAUUAACAACAUGACAGAACUCCCCGACCAAGGAAUGUACCUAAACGAUCUAAACCCUCAUGGUCUAGGCAAAGAAAUGGUUCUAACAGGCUGGCAACACAGCUCCAAGUUAGAACUGGUGUUCGACAAGGCAGAGCAAAGAGCUACAGAGCUAGAAAACAACUACAGUCUUCUGGAUACCUGGAAAAGAAGGGGAGAUGAUUUGCUGUAUUCCAUGAUACCCAAACCCGUGGCUGAUAGGUUGAGAAGUGGACUACCAUCUGUGGAUACAUGUGAGUCAUUUGAAAGUGUGACAGUGAUGUUUUGUGAGCUGGUUGGAUUUAACUCUAGCACUGUGGAAGAUGCAAUGGAGUUGGUUUCUACCAUGAAUGCAGUUUUUAGCGGAUUUGACUCCCUUAUUGAUAAAUAUGAUGUGUACAAGGUUGAAACAGUUGGACAAAUAUACAUGGCAGUGUGUGGAGCACCUGAAAAAAAUGAACAUCACGCCGUUAAUAUAUCAGAUGUUUCCUUAAAUAUGGUGAAACUGGUAAAAGAACUGAACAUUCCGUCGCAAUCCAAAGUGGACGUUAGAAUAGGAAUCCAUUCUGGUCCAGUUGUAGCAGGCGUGGUUGGAAUCAAGGUUCCCAGAUAUUGUUUCUUCGGUGAUACCGUAAAUACUGCUUCCAGGAUGCAAUCAACAAGUUCGCCUGGUAUGGUACACAUUUCAGAGGCAACAAAAAAUCUUCUGCCUGAAAAUCAAUUCGUUAUAAAAGAUAGAGGCGCUGUAAAACUGAAGGGCAAAGGUGACGUCGAAACUUAUUGGAUUUUUAAUGGGGAAUAAUCUCUAUGAAAUAAUAUUGAUAAAAAAGUAUUUAAUAGUCUAUUCUUUACUAAUAUAUUUU